CGUGAUUUUCAGAAUUGGAGUAGAAGGUCAGAUUGCCGUGAAGAUGGAAUACGAUACAAAGAUCCCCCGCUAUUCGACUGCCGAUAAGACGUCGUUUGGGUUCCCUACUGGGAGAGAGAGGUGGCCCAUCAUCAUUACCGGAGUUAUAGACGAUGCCUACCGGUCUGUAUCCCAGUGCGAUGACACCGAGAAACGGGACGAGGGCAAGAAGAUCGUCGAGGAGCUCGCCCGGCUAAAGUACGAGGUUGAACACGACCGGCCACUUGUACCAAUCCGGGAUGACGGCUAUCCCGAUGUAGCUCUGUACAAUAAGGAAUUGGAGCAGCUCGGCAACCCCUCCUGGCUCAAUGUUCAAUGGCUCUUCUGCGAGUGUUACUUGUUCAGACGGAUCAACACCUCUUUCAGCCUCUCCACCUACUGGAAGGGCUACGAUGUCUUCGCCCGCCAGAAGAUCAAGACUUUCCGGUCAUCUCGACCUGCGGUGCUCGAGCUCGCCGGAAGAUACAAGGACCUGGUCCAGAAACUAGAGAAUAACAAAGGACAGGCUACCGACGAGGAAUCUGAUAGGCUCCUGUUCAUGGAAGUGUGCGAGAUCUGCCUCUGGGGCAACGCCACCGACCUCUCCCUCCUGACCAGCCUGUCCUACGAGGAUAUCCAGAAGCUGCAGGGCUCCGAGGCUCGGAAGGCAUCAGAAAAGAACAUCCUUGUCAAUGACCUCCCCGCCGCAUACGAUCUGCUCCUCAAGGCCAAGAAGGAAGGCAAGAAGGAGCGGCGGGUGGACAUCGUCCUGGACAACGCCGGUUUCGAGCUCUACGUGGACCUCAUCUUGGCGGGUUAUCUCCUCUCGGCGGGACUCGCCACCGUCGUGGUCCUCCACCCCAAGUCGAUGCCCUGGUUCGUGUCCGACGUCGUGCCGGGUGACUUCGCCGCCCUCCUCAAUGCCCUUGCCAACCCCCGACACUUUUACGAGACGCCGUCCGAGGACGAUCACCUGCAGGACAAGAUCCCGGCGCCGCUCUCCGACGCUGAGGCCGACCAGCUGUCCUAUCUCUUCCAGGAGUGGAGCCGCCUCCACUCCGAGGGCCAGCUGAUGCUUCGGCCGAACCGGUUCUGGACGCACCCCGGCAGCUACUGGAGGCUCCCGCAUGUGGAGAAGGAGCUCCUCGAGGACCUCAAGACGAGCGAACUCGUCGUCUUCAAGGGGGACCUGAACUACCGGAAACUGACGGGAGACGCAAGCUGGGACCCGACCACGCCGUUCACCGAGGCCAUCGGGCCCCUCGGACCUGGGUCGGGAGUCAACAUCCUCGCCCUGAGGACUUGCAAGGCCGACGUCGUCGUUGGCCUGAAGCCCGGCCAGGACGAGGAGCUCCGGCAGACGGAAGGCGGAGGGGGAGAUUCGGGGGCGAGGAAAUGGGCCUGGAGUGGGAAAUGGGCCGUCGUAUCUUUCUCGAAUGGCCAGUGAGAGCCAUUCAUUCCUUGGCCCGUUUUGAUCUGGGUUGUUAUUAGAAACAUAUAAGUCUAGAUAGAGCAGCACCAUGUAUCUUUAUCUUGUCCUCAGAUCUCAGUUGUUUCCGCUAACAGUUUGGCGAGAUAUCGUAAAUGUCGUCUCUUGCGAAAACGGCCAGUGCAGCAAAGGGAAACCCCCAAAUACAUCUCUUCGUCCAUGAACCAGUGGUAUCUCACCCGAC